GCCACUGCCACUGCUGACUCCCCAAGACGACAAGAACGAGAAGCGACAACAAAGCGGGAACAAAGAAAGUCGCAGUAGCUCCAAAGCCAACUUUUAGUCACGGAACAACCUUGAGUGACUCACUGCCAAUAUCACUGCCAAUUGGAGACUGAGCACUGCCAACGUCGUCAUCCUUCGAGUUACAAAUAAGCAUAAAAUAAAUCGUCACAAAGAUGCAGCCACCGAAUAAAGAAAUUGGAAUGCUGGAGAAGCAUCGAAAUCACAUCAGUAAGAACCUGGAUAAGCUGGUGAGAGCGACAAACUACUCCAAGAUCGCGAAUGAGUGCGUUCGGGUGGGAAUUAUCUCAUCCCAGAUGCGAGGCUUCAUUGAGGAUGUUAAGGAACGUUUCAACAUGCCACCGGAGGAGGUUCUCUACACCCAGCACUGCAAUCUCUUCGAGAAGAUCACUCACCGGGGUCCCCAGGCCUACAACCAGCUCAUACAGGCUCUGCGCAACGUCAACUAUGUACAAGCUGCAGAAUUGCUCGAAUCAGUGGACGAAACCGGCACCCCCUUUAUUUCGAUUAAGAAGCAAUCAUCGACUCGCAACCAAAAGUCGACGGACAUUGUGGAUACGCCGUCAUCAUCGCAAGGGGACGUGGACGGGCCAGUCGUUAGCAAAAUUUAUGGAAAUCCCAGUGCACCACUGACGCCGCACACUGACCCAGUGAACCUGGAUUCACUCGAGGUUAUAAAGUCGGACAGGAUUCACACGGACGAAGUGGUGGGCACCUACAAGAUGCAAUCCCGGUACAACCGAGGCGUACUACUCAUGGUGAACAUCAUCGACUUUCAGGAUCCCAAGAGAAGGCGCAAUGGAGCUGACCUGGAUAGCGACUCGCUGAUCUACCUGUUCCGCGAAAUGGGAUUCACCAUAUUCGCGUUCGGGAAUGUGGAUCAGAAGGAGUUCUUCGACAUACUGAACAAGGUCACAUCCUCCUCAUACGCCCGGGAUACAGAGUGCUUUGUAAUGGUUCUAAUGACACAUGGCAAUCGAGUGGAUGAGGUGGACAAAGUCGAGUUUCACGACGGAUCUGUAGUGGAUACGCAAAAGAUCAAAAACCACUUCCAGGCGCACAUCAGCCCAAAUCUGGUGAACAAGCCCAAGGUGCUAAUCUUUCCGUUCUGUCGCGGAAAUCAGCCAGAUUUGGGGCAGCCUAAGAACCAGUACGACUCAAUAGCACACCAAGAAAUAAUGAUGCCUAAGGAGCAGUCCAUGGAGGAGACAGAGGGGAUGUCGUCCAUUUACGAAAAUGUCGCAACUUUCAAGGAUACCUUAGUGUGCCACGCGAGUACGGGUGGAUACGUGACUCUUAGGGAUUCUAAAUCGGGAAGUUGGUAUAUCCAGACGUUUUGCCGCACGAUGGCCAAACACGCUCACAACCUGAACCUUGAGGAAAUUCUGAAAAUCACAAGUGCCUCCGUGGGCAACAUGCGCGCCCGGAAUGGCUCUAUGCAGACGGGUUCCUUUGACAAUAUCGGAUUCAACCAUAAGCUCUUUUUUAAUCCAGGUUUCUAUUUGGAGGAGUAGCCGCAGCCACUGCCCAUAAUGAAAGCAUUCCCGACUGAAUCUUUGCAUUUAUUACAGCAUUUAUGUAUGUUUCGUCGUAUUUAUAUCUGUUCUUUAGAUUAUGUGUUUUGUGCUCGCGUGCUA